CAAGAUGUUCACCUUUUCUGAAAUUCUGGAGAACCGGAGGUAUUUCGACGUUGCCGUUGUGCGGUUCGCCGAAAUUGUGUUUUGCGACCCUGUGAGCCGUCACUGCCGACUGGAUGUGUUAGACCAGAAGCUUUUCGAGGCGCUUCUAAUCGAUGCCAAGGAAACGGAUGCCUGUUUGGACUUCAUUCCCUUUGCUGGAGAAGUUUGGGAGCUAGGUGACUUUUACUACAGCACGUAUCCUGGCUACGCCCGUUAUCGUGAUCUCUAUUCCCACAACUACGCGCGGCUUCUGUGGUGGAUGGAGUCGGGUGAGGAUGUUUACCAUCCUCAUUCGCGACGUUCGGAUUUUUACCCCGAGAUCCUGUACUCUAGCGUGGAAUCCCGACUGGAGGCUCGCUUGGGGGCGCUGGAGGCGCUGAAUUCCUUGCGGUCGGAAGACGCCACUAACUAAUUCUGUGUAUCCUGGUAUUUUACAUGAACUCUUUAAUACAUUUUGUUUUUUGAAAGAACUUUUUCUACU